CAAGUUGAGAUUAGAGAACUUUUGAAGGCUAAGAAAAUGAAGACUGAUUGGAGACAGGAAGAGAAAGAAGCCUGCAGGAGAAGAAAAUUGUCUAUAGGAAUUGCCACUGGACAUUAUAGGAGGUUUAUUUCCAAGACACUGAAUAAAAUGGUCAAACAUGAGUAUUUUCUUAGCUAUUUAAGCUACUGUCUUCUCAUGAAUAAAUCACCUAUACAUAAGCCUGUCGUUAUCAGAAAACUUAUUAAGAGCAGAGGUUACAUGUGUGCGUAUCUACCGCCC